GACCGGAAGCAGUCAGGUGGAAUACCGGAAAUUCCUUUUGUUGACUAUCACAUAUUUGUUUUUUUCGGCCUCUUUUGAGAACUAUUGAUGAGCUGCUUCUGUCUGUUCGCUACUCUCACGUAAAUCAUCGAGUAUUCGCGCGCCAGCAGCAGAGCCAUUACCCGCUCGGGACUGAAGAUCAAUAGACACCGAAUCAGUGUCGUAACUGUAGUCGGGCCCGAGGCUGGGCUAAUUUUAGCCUAGCAUCCAGCAAAGACCUGCUAGCGUCUUAAAAAGCCAGCUGUUUACUCUUUUAACUCCUAAUUCAGAACAAACAAACACUCGGAAAACUAUGGCGGUUGUCAACGAAGGUGCCCUGAAGAAGAUGCUGAAGCAAUACAAAUACAGAGAUCUGACUGUUCGUGAGAUAACGAAUGUCAUCUCCCAGUACAAGGACUUGAAGCCGCUUAUGGACGCUUACGUGUUUAAUGAUGGCUCCACAAGAGACCUGAUGAGCUUGACAGGAACUGUCCCAGUGAGCUACAGAGGCAAUGUCUACAACAUCCCAGUGUGUCUGUGGUUGUUGGACACUUAUCCCUACAACCCUCCCAUAUGUUUUGUCAAACCUACCAGUGCCAUGAUGAUAAAAACUGGCAAACACAUUGAUGCCAAUGGCAAGAUCUACCUGCCUUAUCUACAUGAGUGGAAGCAUCCGCAGUCAGACCUGUAUGGUUUGAUUCAGGUGAUGAUUGUGGUGUUUGGAGAGGAGCCUCCUGUGUUUUCUCGCCCCACCACACAAGCCCCCUACCAGGCCUUCCAAGCAGCUGGACCCCCUAACCCUUCCUACAUGCCUGGCAUGCCUGCAGUCUCCCCCUACGGCCCAAAUCCCAACCCAGGAGGCUAUCCAGGAUACCAGUACCAAGGGGGUAACUCUUACCCAGCCACUGCUGGGCCUACACACUACCCUACCCAGACUCCAGUUUCCACAGUGGGCCCGAGCAGAGAUGGCACCAUUGGCGAGGACACCAUCCGUGCAUCUCUGAUUUCAGCUGUGAGUGACAAGCUUCGCUGGAGGAUGAAGGAGGAGAUGGACAGAGCUCAGGCAGAGCUGGAUGCCCUGAAGCGAACAGAGGAGGACCUGAAGAAAGGACAUCAGAAACUGGAAGAGAUGGUCUCAAGACUGGACCAGGAAGUGACUGAGGUUGACAGGAAUAUUGAUCUGCUGAAGAGAAAGGACGAGGAGCUGAGUGAGGCCUUGGAGAAGAUGGAGAACCAGUCCGAGAACAAUGACAUCGAUGACGUCAUUGUGCCCACAGCUCCGCUGUACAAACAGAUCCUAAACCUAUAUGCUGAAGAAAAUGCAAUUGAGGACACUAUCUUCUACCUGGGAGAGGCUCUCCGCAGGGGCGUCAUAGACCUGGAGGUUUUUCUCAAGCAUGUACGCCUUCUGUCCAGGAAGCAGUUCCAGCUUCGUGCCCUCAUGCAGAAAGCCCGCAAGACUGCCGGCCUUAGUGACCUCUACUGACCCACACGACUACCUUGAAACGCAUCUUCACGCUCUCUUACUCUCUUCUCUUCCUCCUCUCUUUUAUUCCCUUUUUAAUGUCUUCUUAAAGUUCAAACAGCUGCCCUCUUUUUAAUCUCUAUAACAUCUGUUAUUGUGAGACAGAAAUCUGAACAGCUGCAACAGAGAAUCACUAAAACUACAUCUAUGAAGGAUUGGACUGUCUUGUUUAGCACAGUGGAAAUUUUAAACUGUGUAGCCACAGUUCUGGUAGGACAUCAUUUGUAUUUUGAUCUGACCAAAUACUUCCUUGAGAUCAUUAUGCAUAAACAGUCAUGACAGCAUUACUUUUGUGCCCCAACGUGAAACAAAAACCACUGUGACCACAUUGUGAACCAGUUACCGCAGUUGACACAAAAACAUGCUCAACACACAUGCCAUAUUGUAAAAGUGAGGUGCGAGUCUAUUCUGUGUUUGCUCUGUGUGUGCUUGUGGUGCAGCUGGGCUUGCGCACCGUGAGUUGGUGUGUCGACCUGUAUAUUUUGUACUCAUAGACUUUAUGGUUGCGCUGCAGGGUAGCCUACAAGUUCUGUUUGCAAUCGCUUUGGCAGACAAAGUCAUUUGGCUAGUAAGCACAAAUUGUUAGGGGGCUAGUAGAGAGAGGCUUUGUAGAGAGCCCCAUGUGUCCACGCCCUUCAUAAUGAAAAGGUUAGGCUCUGAUAUAAAUACCCAGGGCAACCUUUCAGGAAAGACAAGGGUUCAGCCUCAGGAUUUAAUGCUGUAUGUGGUCUGGGUCAUGUUCAGUAGCUAUGGAGCCAUGCUGUGGAGGUGAUGAUGAACAUGGACUUGAGCUGUUUCGUUUGUUAUUCUGUUGAUGAGCUACAUUUUGAGCUCCCAUAUCCACCUGUCCUCACUGCUAUGUGUUUUCCCCUGUUCUGUGUGUGUCUCUUUACAAUGGUAUGAGUGAGGUUCUUUCAUUGUAUGUCAGCUGCUCAGGUCUGCCCUCCGGUCUGACAGCAUUAACCAAUCCUGUACAUUGGUUGGUUUACUUUGUACAGUGUCUCUGUCUGAGGUUGACGACAGGCUUGACAUACUUUAUUCUAAAUUCUUCAUUUUUUUUUUCCUUUUUCGGUUUUCUUUGUGCUGUCCAUUCAUUCUCAGUCUUGCUGAGAGGUUUAGGUUUUCAGUAAACAUAAGGAAAAGGUUGUGAAUAAAGCCGGAGUGUACUAGGGUACAAAAAUAAAUGACUAUUGUACUAAUCAAAACGUUAACUUAUGUAAAGAUUGCAAACAGGUCUCAUUUAAAUUAGCCUUUUACUAAAUGCACUUUGACUUGUAUGAUAGAAUAUCUACUGUUAUUUUUUUCGUUUCCAUUUCAACCAUAGACCACCUGUUCUUUUAUAUCUGUAGAUUUAUGUAAAUCAGUACAAAUAAAAGAAAUCUGAUUUAA